UCCCAGGUAAAAGACAAAAGCCGAUCUCGUACUGACUAAAUCAAAUCACCUGCGAAGGCAUUACCUGCAUUCCUAUCUCAAAGAUGGCCGUGAAGUGCUAAAGAAUGCGUGCAAAGAGUAAAUAUCGAAACGAGCAUUGAAAUUACUGUUAGAGCCAUAAGAUGUGCACUUGUUUGUGAUCUGUCGACUUGAUAAAUUAGCGAAAAACUCAUGAGUUCAAGAAACUCUUCAUAUUUGACGUUUGGAGGAUUUAACUAGGAUGAGGAUGGUUUUUAAUUGUGUUUAUGUGGAACGUGAUUAAGAACUUUGUUGACUGUUUUGUUUCUUUUUCUCGCUGGUGGAAUGUGCGUUUUUUAUGUUAAACUCGGCAUGAAAUCGUGAUUUUAGUGGAACAUUUGUUUAAAUAAUGCAGAUAUGGACGGUGUUUAGGAAAGUGACCAAUCUGAGAAUUUUUUUCUGCGAACUUCUUCGAAAACGUCGUUGUGGGCUAAUAUGAUUUUCGAAAAAAAUUUCCAGCUUCGAACAUGUCACACCGAGAUUUUACUGAGGUUGAACCAGAAGGGACCACUGAACUACCAGCAGCCAAUAGAUCGUUGUUUCUUGAAAAGGUUCGCCAGUCAAACGCUGCGUGCCAGAAUGGAGAUUUUGCAACAGCUGUUGCCCUCUACACCGACGCUCUCCAGCUAGACCCUACCAACCACAUCCUAUAUUCCAAUAGAUCAGCAGCAAAAUUAAAACAAGGCCUGUUUGCCCAAGCUCUGCAAGAUGCUAUCACUGCCAGAGAUUUAUGUCCAACGUGGCCAAAAGCCUAUUAUAGGCAAGGAGUCGCUUUACAAUGUCUUGGUAGGCAUGGUGAUGCUUUGGCAGCUUUUAGCCAAGGAUUGGCGCAGGAUCCUACGUCUCAACAACUUCUUUCCGGUUUGGUAGAGGCUUCUAUUAAAUCUCCACUUAGGCACAAUCUGGAGCCCACCUUGGAACAGCUUGAGGUGAUGAAACUAGAUCAAAGUCCGUUUGUACUAAUUUCGGUAGUAGGACAAGAACUCUUAGCAGCUGGCUUAUACCAUUCGGCAGUAACUGUUUUGGAGUCAGCUCUAAGAAUUGGAUCGUGCUCACUAAAACUGCGUGGUUCUGUAUUCAGCGCAUUAAGCUCAGCCCAUUGGGCUUUGAACCAACUGGAUCAGGCGAUAGGCUAUAUGCAGCAAGAUCUUGCAAUAGCGAAAAGCUUAGGCGAUACUUCUGGCGAGUGUAGGGCCCACGGAAAUUUAGGUUCGGCGUAUUUCAGUCAAGGAUCCUAUAAGGAAGCUUUGACAGCUCAUAGAUAUCAGCUAGUACUAGCCAUGAAAUGUAAAGAUACACAAGCUGCGGCUGCUGCUUUAACAUCUUUAGGUCACGUUUAUACUGCCAUUGGAGACUACCCCAAUGCCUUAGCUUCCCACAAACAAUGUGUCCAGUUGGUGAAACAGAUGGGUGAUAAGUUGCAAGAAGCGAGAGAGAUAGGAAAUGUAGGGGCCGUGUAUUUAGCAAUGGGUGAUUUUGAUUCUGCUGUAGAUUGUCACACGCAGCAUUUGAGGAUUGCCAGGAGGUUAGGAAAUCAGGUUGAAGAGGCGCGAGCUUACAGCAAUUUAGGUUCCAGUCACCAUUACAAAAGGAAUUUUACUCAGGCUAUAGUAUAUCAUGAAAAAGUUUUAUACCUUGCUCAAGCUAUAGGAGAUAAAUCUGUAGAGGCAAGGGCCUAUGCAGGUUUGGGACAUGCUUCAAGAUGUGCUGGUGACUAUGUUCAAGCAAAACAAUGGCAUGAAAGACAGCUGGACGUGGCAUUAGCUACUAGAGAUAAAAUCGGGGAAGGAAGAGCUUGCUCAAACUUAGGAAUAGUAUACCAGUUACUAGGGGAAUAUGAUGCUGCUUUGAAGUUACAUCAGGCUCAUCUAGCCAUGGCGAGAAAUCUCCAAGAUCGGGCUGGUAUGGGUCGGGCAUAUGGCAAUAUCGGAAACGCUUAUUCAGCUGCUGGCUUCUAUGAGUCUGCUAUUAAGUAUCACAAACAAGAACUGACUAUAAGUAAAGAGGUACAUGAUAGAAGUUCCGAAGCUAGUACACAUGGGAAUUUAGCUGUUGCCUAUCAAGCUUUAGGCGCUCACGAUAUGGCACUACUCCAUUAUAGAGCGCAUUUAGGAAUUGCAAGAGAUUUAAAAGAUGCAGCAGGUGAGGCUUGCGCCUUACUGAAUUUAGCGAAUUGUUUGAGUUCUAGAUCUGAAUUUACUGAAGCAAUUCCGUAUUACGAACAGUAUUUAAUGAUAUCCCAAGAACUGUCAGAUGUUGAAGGAGAAGCCAAAGCAUGUCAUUUUUUAGGUUAUGCCCAUUACUGUAUAGGCCAUUAUAAAGAAGCAGUCCGGUAUUACGACCAGGAUUUAGCCUUAGCCAAAGAUUUGCAAGAUAAAAUGAAUAUGGGUCGAGCUUAUUGUAAUCUAGGAUUAGCUCAUCUAGCUCUUGGGCAGCUAGAUACGUCGUUGGAAUGCCAGAAAUAUUUUCUAGCAAUUGCUCAUAUGACAAAUAAUUUAGCAGGCAAAUUUAGAGCCCUAGGCAACAUUGGAGAUGUUUUAAUAAAGCUAGAAGAGCCCGAAGAAGCCAUUAAGAUGUAUCAUAGGCAGUUAGCUUUAGCAAGAAGUAGUAGAGACAUCAGCAUGGAAGCAGCAGCUUGUGGAGCUCUGGGAAUAGCACAUAGAUUGAUUAAGAAAUUUGAUAAAGCGUUAGGUUAUCACACACAAGAACUUACACUCAGACAAGAAAUAUCUGAACUACCUGGAGAAUGUAGGGCUCAUGGUCAUCUUGGUGCAGUCCAUAUGGCGUUAGGAAACUAUACCCAUGCUGUAAAAUGUUAUCAAGAACAACUCGAAAGAGCACAAGAGUUACAAGACUGCGCUGUAGAAGCACAAGCCUAUGGAAAUUUAGGCAUUGCUAGAUUGAAUAUGGGACAUUAUGAGGAUGCCAUUGGUAAUUUUGAGCAACAGUUAGCAACAUUGGAGCGACUUAGUAGUCCUACAGCACAGCUAGAUAAAGGAAGGGCAUUUGGAAGUUUAGGAGACUGUUACGAUGCAUUAGGCGAUCCAGAUGAAGCUGUUAAGUGCCAUGAACAGUAUCUAGCGAUUUCACUAAAACUAAAAAGUUCUAGGGACCAAGAAAGAGCAUAUCGUGGACUAGGGCAGUCGCAGCGUUCGUUAGGACACUUACAACAAGCUUUGGUGUGCCUGGAAAAGAGAUUGGUCGUUUCUCAUGAACUAGGAAAUUUGGAAGCAAAGGCAGCUGCUUAUGGAGAAUUAGGACAGCUUCAUGCCACUUUGGGUAAUCUAGAACAAGCAGUUUCUUGUCAGGAACAACAAAGGAAUAUUGCAUUAGAACUAGAUGAUAAAGUAAUGGAGUCUGAUGCCAUAUGUGGACUGGGAAUGGUAUGCUACCAAAUGGGAGAAUACUCUACAGCUUUAAGGUACCAUAUGAAUGAACUAGAGAUCACAGAACAGCUAGGGAUGCCUAAUCUACAAUCUAGAGCAUGUGGAAACUUAGGUGCUGUCUAUGAAGCUUUAGGAAAACUGGAAGAUGCAGUAAGGUACCAGCAGCAACAUCUAUCCAUAGCGUCAACUACAAACGAUCAGUUAGCAAAAACAAUAGCGUACAGCUCUCUGGGAAGAGUCCAUCAACUUUUAGGAAAUAGCACACAGGCUGUGACUUACUUAACACAAGGGUUAGGUAUUGCUGAGUCUUUGGGUCGUAGAGAUGAAGAGGCUAAAAUAAGGAACAGACUGGGUUUAGCACUAUGGACUAAUGGCGAUUUGGAAGGAGCUCAAAAGCAGUUGGAAAUAACCACGCAUCUGUUAGAAAAUAUUAGAAGAGAGACGAAGAAUUCGCAAGACUACAAAUUGUCGCUCUUCGAUUUACAGUCCUCUAGUUAUCAGGUUUUGCAACGAGUGUUAGUAUGUUUGAAUCGACAUGAAGAAGCCUUACUUAUGGCAGAGAGAGGUAGAAACAGAGCUUUCGUGGACUUGCUCCUAGAACGGCAAGGCCAUUCAGAUCUCAAAAUGAAAUCGAGAAAUAGCAGACUGGAAGAAUUUGGAAUGAACAAUUUGGACCACAUUAAAGAUAUCGUUAACAGACAAAGAGCAUCUGUUUUGUAUUAUAGUAUUGCUGCUGGAUUUCUGUAUUCGUGGUUAAUCUUGCCAACAAAGGGUAUUGUAAAGUUUCACUUCGUUCCCUUAACUGAAACAACAGACAAUGCUGUUUGCGAACAUAUAGACCCAGUCCCAUCUGGUACAGGUCUUUUGGAGAAACUAGUCAACUCAGUCAGAGAUAGUCUUGGAUUAGAAGCAUCUCCGUGUCCAACUAUCGCUGAGGACCACGUAGAGGAUACUCUUUCAGAAAGAACUGGUUUCCUGAGAAUGGUGAAUCGGCAACAUCUCCUGAACACCAGUAAUUAUUCCCUGAGUUCGUUGUUUUCCCUUGGCAGCGUGGGUGGAUCUGUUGCUUCUCUUCAAGGAAGUACCAGAUCUAGUGCAAGUACACAGGGCUCUACUAGAGUAGGUAUUCGACAGAACUGGAAAGGACCAAGUUGUUUGCACACGCUGUACACAAUGCUUCUUCAACCUUUUGAAGAAUUUCUAUCAACCAAAGGUUCACCUCCUUCUAAAGAUGGCAGCAAUCGCAGAGAACUCAUCUUAGUGUUGGAGGGAGACUUGUAUCUUGUACCAUUUCCUCUACUUCGUUCAGCCAGCGAAACAUCUGAAUAUCUAUGUGAACGAUUUUCCUUAUUUGUGGUUCCUAACUUGAGCACUCUAAGAUCGGGAAGAAUGAGGAAACAAGACGAAUCGGUUAGAAGUGUGGUGAUAGGCAAUCCGAGGCUUCCGACAGCAGUAACAGACCAUUGGGGAUGGAAAGAUAUACCUCAAUCAGAGCAAGAGGCGACCAUGGUAUCAGAAUUACUACAAACACAAGCUCUGGUUGGAUCUACGGCUACUAAAGAACAGGUUCUAAGCCAGAUUCAAGAGGCAGAAUGUAUCCAUUUUGCUACUCACGUUUCGUGGAAGCUUUCGUCUUUAGUUCUAAGUCCUGGGGAGGUGUUGGACCAAACUCAAUCGAAGAGAUUAUAUUUGUCUGACAGCAACAUUGAAGAAGCUGAGCAUAAUGAGCUAUCGGUGUCUGCUGAGUUACCUCCAAUUUCUGAGUUUCUUCUUAGUGCAGCUGAUAUCCUAUCUUUAAAACUCUCCGCAAGGCUUGUAGUGAUAAGUUCUUCUCAUACAAGAGAACCGCAAGGCUGGGCAACAUCAGAUGGUUUAGUAGCUUUGGUGAGAUCAUUAUUAGCCGCUGGAGCUCAAUCUGUACUUGUGUCUUUGUGGCCGGUUCCUGAUACAGCAACCAAAAUACUUCUAAGAGCUUUCUAUUCUGCUCUACUUCAAGGUACCAGAGCAGCAAGAGCUUUAGCUGAAGCUAUGCAAACGGUCCAACACACAAAACACUUCGCGCAUCCAGCCAACUGGGCAGGUUUUGUCCUCAUCGGAUCCAAUGUAAGGCUGUCAAGUAAAGUAGCUUUGAUGGGUCAAGCUCUUUGUGAGCUGCUACAAUAUCCUGAAAAGUGUAGAGAUGCGUUACGGGUCACUCUUCAUUUGGUAGAGAAGAGUUUGCAGAGAAUUCACAGAGGCCAGAAGAAUGCGAUGUACACCACGCAAAAAUCAAUAGAAAAUAAGGUUGGUUCAAUAGGUGGUUGGAAAGAACUGCUGAUGUCAGUUGGAUUUAGAUUUGAGCCUGCAUCCAAUGGUAUUCCUAGUAGUGUGUUCUUCCCGCAGUCAGAUCUCGACGAAAGGCUCACACAGUGUUCAGCUAGUCUACAGGCCCUUUUAGGUUUGACAAGCACUUCUAUUCAUGCUUUGUCCAAAUUAACAUCAAACGCGGAUGUUGCGGACGAUAUCAUUGCUGUAAUACAAGCUGCUUUAAGUCAGUUCUCAUCUAAAGGAAUUGAAGGUGACAGUAUUGAUGUAGCACUACAUGUAAGGUUAUGGAGAGUUCCAGGUUGUCACGAGUUAUUCGCUUCUCUAGGCUUCGAUUUAAUAGAUGUUGGUCAAGACAAAGUCACAUUAAGAACAGGAAAACAGGCAAAUAGACGAAAUAUACAGUUUACUAUGCAAGCACUUCUAGCUCUAUUUGAUACACAAGAAGCUCCAAAAAGCCUGACAAUAGAUUCGUCUAGUAGCCUUGAAUCGCUGGCAUCAAUAGAUAACGAUUUUUCUCAUUCCGAUAAUGAGUUGGACGUUUGUACUUCAUCUACUCCAACUGUUAAAUCGUUACCUCGAGUACCACCACCGUUUUCUCGAACAGUUCUUCCAAGCAGACGAUUGGGAGGCGCAUUUACAUCUUACGUGAGACGAAGAGGAGAACCGGAUGGAAGAACAGCGAAUCCUGGAGAUUUAAAGUCAACAUUAGAUAAUAAAGUUCGAAAAAAUAUGGCUCUCGCUCGUCCUGGUGGUGGGGAAUCCGAUGCUGCGUUUACCCCCAGUCCACCAGUAGUUUUGCAGUCGGAGAGUCAAAACAUGGCCUUAACUUUGGCCCACCAAUCCAGGAUACGUCAUCUAUAUUCCCAGAACGAAGCUAAAAACGAUAACCUCCGACCUGAUAGUUCCAGCUCAGCUAGUUCAGCUACAGACUGGGAUAAUGGACACGCUACAAUACUGAGAAGACAAACACAAAACCAGGUGCCGCCCAUACCUCCCCCACGUAUACAACCAUUGACAGAUCUUCCUAUGUAUAACAAUCUUCCGAUUGGGAUGCUAGAGAACAGCUCAGACAGCGAGUUGGAAAAAAUGGAAGCUAAAUUCUUUACCACCACUCUAAAAAAUAAGAUUUCUUACAAGAAACCAAGAAAUCUACCCAGCGCUUUUGAUAGGUUAAGUGUGAGGUCAGAAGUGACGCCUGCGCAGGUGGUACAUCCGCCUCAGAACCCCAAUAGGAAACCCAUUACGUUGCCGAGUGAGGAAACUCUUCCUGCUAAUGAAAGACUGUUGUACUUUUCGCCCACUGAGACGGAAACUGAAACUACUACUGUAACUCAGGUUCCACAGGGUGAUAAAGACGAGACUGACCAGGAUGUAAAUAAAAACGAGGGAAAGUCUGGAAGUUCUUCUUUAACAAUCCAUGACACCAUUUUGGCAACUCAAUUGAGGCAUAUCAACAGGGAAUUGACACCCACAAUCUCUGAAGUCUAUCACGAGAGAAAUAUAGGCUUAGGUUUGGCUCCACCGUUGUCAAAACUGUUACUUAAUCAACCUUCACAGGCUACCUUUAAAACUGAAACAGCUGCCUUGGAGAAAAUUAAUUUAGCUAUAGUAGACGACGAGGAAGACCCCAACAAUCAAUUAAAAUCGGUGGUUUGUCAGAGAUGCAAGUCAGAAAAAUGCCAUUGUAAGUUAACGAAGUCCCAUAAACCGUGGCUCUCGGAAAAUGCUAGUGCUCUCCAACAAAUCCGGAGUUCAGAUCUUACAACAGCUGAUAUCUUAGAGAGGGAAGUCAAGAAUAAGAAAAGCAUGUUAAGGUCGGAAAUCAAAACAAAGGACGACGUGGAACCAAAGCGCCUAUCCCCUUUUUCGGAAAUGUCGCGUAGAGACGAAGGUGAUGGUCGCAGCAUCGCGGAUUCCAACUGUUCCAGUUAUAAGAAUCAGUUUUUAACUUACCAAUCCGCUACUGACAAGAAAGCCCCCAAACCAGCGACGAAGCUGAGGACGAUUUCUUUGCACAGAAGAAAUUUGCCGAGUUGACGUUUGAUUGAAGAGACUGAAGAUUUAUUGCUGUAGAAUCAGAAUAGUGUAAUAUUUUAUAGUGUGUACAAAAAGUAAAGUAACUCAUAUUUUGGUAUAUAAAAGUCUAAAAAGAUUUCAUAAUAAAAUCUCUGGAUAAAUUUAUAUAUAAUCAAUAACCUUUCUACCAUAAUAAUGGUGUAAGGUGUAAGGUUUAAUCUACUUCUUAACAAAUUUCUUCCAAUUCACUCUGUUGUCUCCAAUAUCUUUCCGAUUACUUUACCACAUAUCUGUAUUGGUCUUCCUCUCUUUUUGGUUUUCAAUGUUAUUGCUUCCCACAUUCCUCUCACUGGUAUGGUAUCUUUCAUCCGGUGUAAAUGAUCCCACCAACUCAGCUGUCUCCUGUUCUAUAAACUCCAAUGUGGAUUGUAUUUUCAGUUCGUUUCUUAUAUCCGUGUUUCUUAUUCUAUCCAUUUUGGUAACACCUUUAACUCUUCUCGAAAACUUCAUCUCUAUAGCCUGUAUCUUGUUCUUUUGCCGUUCUAUUAGUAGGUACCCAUUAUUCCCUGCUAAGUCAGAACAAGUCUAUAAACUGCUUUGGAAACUUUUAUUUUUAUAUUUCGUGAUAUUUCUUUUCUUCAUACAAAUUUUUGGUUCAUUAUUGUGUGAUACAGUUGUAGCGUUUUCUUUAUUCUUUUAUUGAUUUCUACUUCGAGAGAUCCUGUUUCUUCUAUUAUUGCUCCCAAAUAUUUAAAAGCUUUAACUUGUCCUGUUUUUGUUCCUCCAAUUUCUAUAUUAAGUUCUUCUCUUGUUUCUCCUACCUGCAUAACUUUUGUUUUGUCGAUAUUAAUUUAUCUGCAUUCCGUUUUUGUUAAGUCCUUUCAUUCCAUAUUUCCAAAUUAUUCUGAAGUGGUUAUUAUUUUUUGCAAUUAGCAUCAGAUCAUCAGAAAAUUCUUCUUCCGAGAUUUCCACUCUUUGUAGAUUUAUAUAGGUACCCUAUAUUCAGUAUUUUAUUCCUUUUGUGCAUUUCUUAAUAAUUUCAUCCAUUGUGUUAGAAAUAGUGUUAGGGUGUGGUAGUUUUUACAGAUAACUUGAUUUAUUCUAAACGUUAAAUGAAAACUUAUUUAUACGCUAUUUACGAAUCCAAAUAUUCGCGAGUUAAAUAAUUUUUUGUGCACACUAUAUUUAUGUUUUGUAUAUAUUUAUUUUUAUACAUAUUUAACGGGAUAUUUAGAAUUAUUUUAUAUUCUGUACAACGAAGAGAGCUUUAAUAAAUUCAGCCAUUUUAUAUUAA